AUGGCAGGAGCAGAAGCAAGGGCUCUGUGGCAAAGAACUGCCAAUCGUUGCUUUGUCCAAGAAGAUGCAAAAAGAGCUCCCAAGUUGGCUUGUUGCCAAUCUUCAUGUGCAACAUCCAAAUCGGUUGAUACUGGGCCUGCCAGUGCAGCAGAUGAAUCUGAUCAUACUGCAGUUAAUGUCACCCAUUUUCACAGGAAAUCAUCAGUUUCCAAUCUAUCACCGGACUCUAGGUGGUGGUUGUAUUUGCAGCCUAAUUAUGGGUAUCAAAAGGGUUUAACAUAUGAACAGUUAAAUGCAUUAGAGGAAGAGGUAGAAACUUUGAUAGCAAGUGAUGUAAGUAAGAAAUCUCAAGAAUUUCAACAAUUAAUGGAUGUGAUGGAAAAACAUGAGACAGUGGACAUUGAUUGUGUUGGCUGCUCAGAAUCCCCCAAGAAAACUAAUGAAUUUUCAUUGAAAUCAGAUUAUUCUUGGAUUGAAAGUGAUAAAGCCGAACCAUGGUGGCGAACUACAGAUAGAGAUGAAUUAGCUUCAUUUGUUUCACAGAAAUCACUCAACCACAUUGAAAAUUGUGAUCUUCCCCCACCACAGAAGAAGCAUAUUAGAGGAUACCCAUGUGUUCGCAUGAAUAAUUACAAAAUAAAGACGGGAAGUUUAGAUUCAGGAUUGAUGCAUAAGAAUCAGGGGCCUUCUGCCUGUGAAGGCCUUUUAUAUUUUGCUUCUGACAAAUGUUCAAGUGAUAACCCCAAGCAUGAGGAUGCCAAAAAUAGUCAACAAAUUUUCGAUGAAGACCCCAGCAAAGCUCAACUAUUGGAAGCAUUGUGUCACUCUCAAACACGGGCUAGGGAAGCAGAGGAAGCAGCAAAGAAAGCCUACGCAGAGAAAGAGCAUAUUGUUACUCUCAUUUUUAAACAAGCUUCACAACUUUUUGCCUAUAAGCAAUGGUUACAACUGCUGCAGCUGGAAACUCUUUGCAGUCAGAUUAAGAGCAAGGAUCAGCCAAUCGCCACUCUUUUUCCAGUGGCUCUUCCAUGGAUGUCCUAUGAAGGUAGAGUCUCAAGGAAGAGGAAACAAAAAAUAUCCAAAGGUAAACAAGAAAGGAAAGUCAAUGCAAAAUGUGAUAUUACAACAUAUGCUGUUGCCUUUGCUUUAGGAUUGAGUCUUGUGGGAGCUGGCUUGCUUUUGGGAUGGACAAUGGGUUGGAUGUUACCUCGUUCAUAG